AUGGAAGGCAUCCAAACGUCCGAUGAAAGUACAUUACUGAAGCGUUACCAUGACAGUCUGAUGAAUGCACUUGGAAACAGAACCGAGGAGACCAAGCUUCCCAAUCCAAAUCGAUACGCAGAAAGACGGAAUUACUUGAGGCGUGCGUGUGUUUCCAUACCAGGAAGACAGAAGACUCUGAGAUCAUUGCACACAUUGUGGUACAUGGACAGUCAGAAGAUGUUAUACUGUUCUGUUGCCAAGUCUGGUUCCAGCUUUUGGAGACGCACCUGGAAAGCACUCAGUGCAUAUGAAGGGAAAGAAACAUCACCCUACAAGUUUGCUCAUUCAGAGUUCAAAUCUGAAUAUUAUAGGCUGGACAUUAUUAAUGCCACUAAGUCAGCAGAGGCUGGAUUUUCCUUGUCAAGACUGCUGGAAACAUCCUUCAAAUAUAUAUUCACACGAGAUCCAUACGCACGUAUAUUUUCGGCGUAUGUUGAUAAAUUUGUAGCUCCUAAUAAAUACUUAUGGAAGCAAAUCGGAAAGAAAAUAGCCAGAUCCAGGGAUUUUGCUUCCGAUAAAAGUCUUCGAUGUGGACACGAUGUAACUUUUCGUGAGUUUGUGAAGUACAUUAUUCGCACUCCCCGGCGUCGUCUCGACGAUCACUUCAUCCCCGUGGCUAGUGUGUGCGACGUUUGCAACCUGCAAUAUGAUGUUGUUGCUAAAAUGGAAACGUUUAAAGAAGACGUGUCAUACAUUUUAAGGCAUCUCAAUGUUGACAACAGAAUAAAGUUUAAAGAUUUUGGAGUGGAACAUACGGUUGACUCGGUCGUGGAUUACGUAACACGGGCUUUCUCCCAGCGCGAACGGAUUAGUUCCUGCGUGUCUUUCCACACUGCUCUGCGUCGUCUCUGGAGACAGAUGCAGAUCCUGGGAAUAAUAUCCAAGCAGGAAGACUUUCCCCUGACCCCGGAACAAAGUGAAACAUACAAGCAAACUGAAGUUAUAAAUUUGGCCCUUGCCGCGCACUGGAGAAGCGGUGACAUAUCCACAUCCAAUAAGCGGGAGGCCUUUAUUCAGGCAUAUCAGCAGAUACCCUUAGCCGAUAUGGAGGCACUAAGCCAAAAAUAUCAGAAAGACUUUUUGCUAUUUGAUUAUGACGAUCGGCCCCAAAUGUUGUUUCAGAAAUCUGAACAGUUGUACAUGACAUUUGAUUAUUUUGAUGUGCUGAAGGAGUGA